ACAAAGUUUUUUCGUUCAAAUUAUUUUGCAAGAAUGUUGUUAUAAUUAACCGUUAAUUUUUUUUUUUAAUUGUUUUUCAACUCACAAUCGAUUUAGAGUUAUUCAAUUUUUUAUGUUAGGAAAAAAAGGUGACAAAUGAGAGUUAUAGAUUAAGUUUCUGCAAUAAAAAAAAAUCACAUCGUUUUCGUUAAAAAUGAUACUUACCUGCAUUUAUUGGUAUGACACGACAUGCAGUGGUCGAAGUCUAAACUAAUAUUGAUUAUAAAACAGAGUACGUUUUUUUUGGCAGCAUGCUUUCAUAGUGAGUGUACGCAUGUACACUUUAUACGUGAACUGUAUGUUUUAAGUGUUAAGAAAAAAAUAAAACAUAUUUGCUACAACUUUUUUUGUUAAUUUCUCAAAAAGUUAGCAUUAUUAUGAACAGUAUUACUUUCAAUAUUUAUACAUGAAUAAGUUAUGUGACCACUGAUGAUUUUAAAUUAAUUAUUCAUCUAAUGGAAAAAGUAAAAAAUCUCUUCAAAUAGGAUCAAAGCUGGUGGUUUUGAAUUGUUAAUUUACACUAAAAGGAGUUUUUCUUGUCUGCAUUAAAAUAAUUAAGAUGGGAACUAAAUCACGCCAAAAAAAGUCAUCUCUUUCCCGAGGAUAUUCAACCACAUCUACGACAAUGUUAUUCGAUGACGACCCGGGGAUUAUGUCUGAGGUUGAGACUUCUUGUACCGGAUUUCGACGAGGUGGUAAACAAAGAAGCAGUUUACCAGUUGUUCGAACACCUAGUAAAACGCUUGAGCGACCAUUAGGAUUAGUCUUCCUUCAAUUUAGAAAGGAAACCAAAAGAGCUUUAUUACCAAACGAAAUUACAAGUAUAGACACUGUAAGAGCCCUUUUCGUCAGAAGUUUUCCUCAGCAACUUUCGAUGGAGUACCUUGACAAUCCUGAUGUGAAAGUAUACAUUCAUGACAGUAAUAAAGAUAUGUUCUAUGAGCUCGAAGAUCAUAGGUCACAUUUGAGAGAUAUCAGAGAUCGAAGUGUUCUACGAGUUAUUGAAAAAUCAGAUGGAAUCACUGGUCUCUCUACUACUUUAGGACCUAUAACCAGUGGUGUUUCUAGUGUUUCCUCGAAUUGGGAAGAUCAAAGCUAUUUCAGUGAGCCAGAAUUUGAUAGCGAGUUUCAACAUCAACACAUUCACAAAAGUAAAACUACUAGAAGCUCAUCUGGCAACUAUUAUCUUGAAAGUAGCAGUACUUUACCAAGAAGUGGACCAAUGCUUAGAUCUUACAGUCCAGUGUCACCAGGACUUCCUGGUUUGAAUGCAACCUCAACUCAAGCAAAUAUAUUAUCUACAUCAGAUCGGCCUCAUGGCGAAAGCGGUUAUAUGAGUAGUCCAGAAAGGAGUAACACCAUUGGAUCCAGUACUGGUAGAUAUUCUGGUGUAUCUUACAGCACAGGAAAUAGUUACGAAGAACCUUAUUAUUCACAGUAUUCAGGAACGGUUACUCCUAUAAUUGAUGAGGAAGCUAGACUUCGAGUCGAGCACAUGGAGAGACAGCUUGCAAACUUAACUGGGCUCGUACAGAAAGCUCUCACUCAAAGUCCUCAUAGCGGCACAAUACAAGAUUAUUUACAGGUCUCAACAGAAUGUGACCUCUACUCGAAAAGUUCAGGUGCUGAAGAUGAAUUCGACAAAAACUCCAGCUCCAGUUCAGCCUCAUUGCCAGAUGACUCGUGCUCGAAGACCAAUGAAAAACCACCAAAACUAGGAAAAGAUAAAUCGGUCUCCUUUGAGAAAUCAGUAUCUUUCAGUGAUGAACCUCCAGAUAUGAACUCGCCAAAGCAGCAUUCUCCACAACACACAGCGGAUACAAAACCUACAAAACCAGCGAUAAAAUCAUCAACUCUACCUCGGAUGUCAUCUCAAGACAAGGGUAGAAAUAAACCAUCUCUACCACCAAAGCCGAUGGCUCUUACAACUGGAACCUACGUUUAUAGAGACUUAGCACUUACACCUGAAAUGUACAAUCAACUAAGAGGUUUACAAAAAAAAGCAAAAGAUUUACGUCAUGAAGUUCGAAAUUUACGUAGAAUGUCUCAGGCUCAAGCACAUACCGUUCGAGAAACUAUCAAAGAUACGUUCAUCACUAUACGCACUAUGAUACUAUCCGGAGAAGAUGCGACUUGGGCUACUGGUGAUACUGAAAAUAUUAAAUUAAAACGAGAAGAAGAUCUAUACAAGCAAGAAAUGGUGAGAUUGGAAAAUGACCUUACUGAGUUGGAAAGUACGGUUGAAGAUUUACGAGGAAACGUUAUAAAUAGGAAAACUCGAGUCAAUAUGUGUGACGUAGAAAAUAUGGCCUUGAUUUUAAGUAAAUCCAGUAAAACUGUAGCUGAUUUGAAAACACGCUUCCCAAGCUUACAAGAAAAUCUUAAAGGCCUAUUAAGUUCAGAAAUGGAAAAAAUAGUGCAUGAAGAAAAGUUUCUCAAAGAAGAACCGGAGAGGCUCGAAUUCGCUUUGCGACGAUGUAAGAAACUGACUGGCACACUCGUCACACUCAAACGCCUAGCAUCAGUGCAGGAGCAACGAUUACCAGUUAUAUCAAAUGUUGAGGUUGAAGAAACACCAACGGUUGCAUCUACCACAGUUCAGCAUUCUAAGACAACUGCCCCUCUAUCAUCGGAACAGAAGAUGGAUUCGUCGGGCAUCAUCAGGGGAACGUCCCAUUCUAAGUUUUCCAUCCUCAACCAGCAGCGUUCGGAGAACACACUCGACGCUCUGUUAGAUGAGCUGCAAACUUAUUCAAGACCAUCAUCACAAUUGAGUCAAGUUUCAAGUGUGGGUCAACAAAUUGAAUACCUGCCGAAUUCUCAGAUUUCCAAUUGUUCACCAGUUAUUAAGCUUAAUCACAUAAUGGAUAUUAACAGAAAAAAAAGUGUAGAUUCUCUGAGUUGUUUAACAAUAAUGACGCCAAACUCUACCAGUACACUUCGAAGACUUCACUCUUAUCCAUCUGGUUCUGACACUGACAUUUCCCCUCCUUCGACAAAAAUUGAUAGACUUGAGACUAUAAACUCACUUCAAAAACCACCAAUACCAGAAAGAAAUGUCGAAUUAUUACAACUAGCUACUCUGAAACGAACCCCCCCACCACCACCUCCUAGAACUAGCUCAAAAUCGCCAUUAACGAGUCCUACGAGUCCUCAAUUACCCCCGAGAAAUUCCACAACUUCCUUAUGCAGAAUUCGUCAUGCUAACAAAAUAACCGAACUUUCCACAGAUAUCACAUCUCAUCAUCUACUUCAAGAACCAACACUUCACAUAAUUCAAGUUAAUAAUGGACACUCUGCAUCUGAUUCUAGCUCGUGUGAAAGUAUUAACUCACAAGAUGGUUCACAAAAUAAGAAAGAUCGUCAGGAUCAACUUGAACUGCGUCAUAAAGAGCUUUUACAAAAACAAAAAACUCUUCAAGAACAAUAUGCUCGAUUACAACAGCUUCAAAGAAAUACUGCUGGUUUGACAGCAACACCUGUAGACCAACCCGAUCUUUUAAAAAAAACUGGGUCUGAAAGUAAUAUUCUAGCGAAAAUGGGCCUUGGAAUGAGCGCUACCAAUUCUGGAUCGUUAACUAGCCUUGCAUCUAAGGGUUAUACGGAAGCGUUAUCAUCGUCAAGAAUUGAAUCACUAAAUUCAAAUGCAACAUCUGCUAUAGAGGAUCAUAUGUCAAACAGUAAGAUUUAUGAGACGGAUAUCCUGUGACCAAUGAUCAAAAUCUCUAGACAAAUUGAUAACCUAAAUUUCUAUUUAUUAAUAUAUUUUGAAAUUAGUUAAAAUUGCAUCUAAUAAAUGACUGUCAAAAUUUGAAUUAAUUACAAAUAUCAUCCUAUGAUAAGAGUUAAUGAAAUAGUAUUCAUUAACAUGCGAGGAUCCGAUUACAUAUUAAUGUAAAAUAUUUUUCUGAUUAAUAUUUAAUUUUAUCAACAAAUAAAAUGUUCAAUUUGAGUUUUUUUUAUACUGCUUUCAAUUGCUGUAGAACAAUUCGUUUUAUUAAUAAUGAAACACUCUGAAUAUUUAUGUGAUUAAAUUACAUGAAAAUUUCGGGUUUCUAUCAUCAAAAAUGGCAAUUAUUUAUUAUGUUUUUGUAAAUCCUAAUAAUGUAGUUUCAAAUUGUUUAAAAUUAUCACUAAUAAGCAAAAAAAAAACGUUACUAUAUACAAACACAUUUAACACUCAAUAAUCAAGUUAUCUUGAAUAUAAUGUCAUUCUACAAUUCAAAUAAUUCCAAAGGUGUACAUGCUACGUAAUUAAAUAGCACUUUUUCUAUUAUAAAUUUCAAUAUGAUACGAUAUGUAUGCAAUGAUCAAGCACAAUAUUAAUAUUCAUCAAAUCUUCAGUAUUCCAUAACUCAAAAUGUGACAAAAUGUAAGUUUGAAAUAAAGAAAGUAAUUCA